AUGGCAGCAGAUCUCGAAGCGCAUCGCCCGUCCCGGAUCCACCGGUGGAAGCAAGCAGUGGACCCCCGCAAUGCCGACCUGAUCUGUCUGCUCCUGUGUCUAAACACCGGCCUCUGCGACAGUGCAGCCUACAACGCAUGGUCCUGUUUCCUCGCCAUGCAAACAGGAAACACCAUCUUCCUCGGGCUAGGCGCCUCCAACCUACCGGACAACAAACCCUGGGGCUGGCUCAAAUCCCUCAUCUCCAUCGUCGGCUUCUUCCUCGGCGCGCUCAUCUUCUCGAACAUCACGCGCCGUGUCGGGGCCCGCUCCCGCGUCGCCCUCUUCGUCUCCUUCCUCGUGCAGGCCAUCCUCGUCGUCAUUGCCGUCGCCCUCAUCGAAGCCGACCUCAUCCCGCACACCCCCGCCGACAUGACCUUACAGUCGGGCCCGCUUUUUCUCGAACUCAUCCCCAUCGCGCUUCUCGCCUUCCAGUCCGCCGGCGCCAUGACCGCCAGUCGCGCGCUGGGCUACUCCGAAAUCCCCACCGUCGUCUUGACUAGCGUUUACUUCGACGUGGCGACGGAUCCGCAGAUAGUGCGCGGGCCCUUGACGAAUGUUAAGCGCAACCGUCGCGUCGGGGGCGUCGUGGCGCUGUUGGUGGGGGCCAUUGCGGGCGGGUGGCUAAGUCGGAGCAGUGGGGGGAUGGAGUCGGCGCUGUGGAUGGCGGCGGGGUUGAAGUUUGUGGUUGCUCUGGCUUGGUUGGUGUGGCCGGGGGAGACCGUUCAGGAGACGAAGUGA